GCUCAGCGAGUUAACUUACAUCCAGAACCUCAACCUGAGCUACAAAUCUUCUCAAAUCCAGGAAUCUGUAGGCACCAGGUAUUCAAUAUUACCCUUGCAGAAGAAUUUAAGAGAAAGGAUGACCAGGCUGCUAAUUUGUUUAAGUAUCUCCAACCUAAGAAAUCUAGCCAGAUUAAAGAGAAAGUUCUUGCUUUGUCAAGGCUGUACUGGCAUUGCAGUCAACUUGAAAAUAUCCCAUUAGUCUUUCCAAACACGUACUGAGUCCUGCACUGUGGCCCUUGGUCUUUCAGCUAAAUUUUCCAAUAUUAAAAGAAAAUAUCAAAGAUGCUCUUGCUAUGAACGUCUUGUCUGGCCGGCUUCUGUCUCACAGGACACAAAAUGUUUUCUUUCAGUUCUACAUGAAUGUGAAGGAUUGGUGGAUGUUUGGGUUUUAUUUCUGCAUGCCCCUUGUCUGCACUGCUUUCUUCUAUGCACGAAUGACCAGUGAGAUGUUAAGCAAGAGGAACAAGAGUUUGAGGAUUGCCUUGAGUGAGCACUUGAAACGGCGCAGAGAGGUAGCCAAAACUGUUUUGUUUCUAGUUGUGCUUUUUGCUCUGUGUUGGUUCCCUCUCCACCUUAGCAAGCUUUUAAAGAAAACUCAUUACAAUGAAAAUCGCUCCAACAAAUGCGAUUUCCUGAAUUUCAUACUUGUCUUGGAUUUUAUUGGCCUCAAUCUAGCAAUUCUGAACUCCUGUAUCAAUCCCAUCGCUCUGUACUUUGUGAGCAAGAAAUUUAAAAAUUGCUUCCAGUCCUGUUUGUGCUGCUGUUGCCAGAGCCAGGCUCUCAUGAAUGUGAUGCCGAUGAAUGACACCUCCAAACAUGUAAGUUUGCACUGGAAAAACCAGGAAUCCAAUAACCCAGGUGAUCGUAGCAGCCGAAAGGACAGUAUGAACUGAAAGGAGAAAGUUCCAUUCGAUGAUGGGACAGCAUCAGCAGAGCUCGCAUCCUCCUCCAUGUCUGAAACUGUAUCAAUGAUGCCCUCUGAUGUGGGAGAACUGAAGACAGGGUGGACUGUGACUAGAACUUAUCAUUUUAGAAUUAUUUUGAGAUUCCAAAGGCUUUGAUUACCUGUGGCAAAGAGUUGGUCAUAUACCAGCGUUGAAUUUUUUAAUUUGUGAGUAUCAACAGACAAUGUUUGAAAACACUGGGUUGAGUAUCUGUAUGGAUUAUUAUCUUGAAACGUCCUUAGGGCCCACUGUAGACUUUUAUCCACAUUCUGUUUAAAGCAAAAUGACUGGGUAAGUUUUCUGAUAUUUCACAUAUGUCAGUAGGCUCUUAGAUACUAGAACCCAAGAAGAAAAACCUGUUUCACAAAUGUAUUCAGUAUAUAAAUCCCUAUUUAUCUAAAGGGAGUACAGUGAUAAUUUCGUGUGAACAUUUCAAGUACUUCAGCAGGACAGGUUCAACAAUUCAAAUCAAGUCAAUUUCAUUAUUGGCUAACAAGAAGUAAUGCAAAAUAAUAAAGUCUUGUUUAAUACUGUAGUCUCUGUAAAAGGAAAGAAUCAUCCAUUCUCAUCACUUCUACAAAACUAUAGAUGCCUAUUAUGAUUAGUUUUAGAGGAUAUGUAUCCUUUCCAUUUUAUAUAUUAUGAAUGGUGAUUAUUUCUGUAUUAUUUGAAUGGACAUAAUUAUUGUCAGUUUCUAGAAAUGUCACAUAAAUGUACAUAACAAUAUAACGUCCUCAGUAGCAGUAUAAUCAAAAGAAUAGAAAUGCCACAUCAAAGUUUUGUUUAUAAAUUAUGCAUAUUACAGGGUCUAUCCAACGAGCAUGUCUCAGAUGAGUUCUGACUUGUGUACAUGUAAUGAAUCCCCUACCUCCACCACAAUGCAAUAAAAGCAAGAAUGAUUCUUCUUUUCCAUAA